GUCGCACAUUCGCAUCUUGGUUGUCGAUAACCUCCAAUUCCAACACCAUGGCUGCCGCUACCCUCGGAGAGGUGCCUACCAAGGCCUUCGAUACCAUCCUGACCUUGGAUUUCGGAUCGCAGUACACUCAUUUGAUCACCCGUCGUAUGAGAGAGCUCAACAUUCUCUCCGAGAUGCUGCCAUGCACCACCAAGAUUGCCGAUCUUGACUACAAGCCCAAGGGUGUCAUUCUCUCCGGCGGCCCCUACUCCGUGUAUGAGGACGGUGCUCCUCACGUCGACCCUGCCGUGUUCGAGCUUGGUGUCCCCAUUCUUGGCAUUUGCUAUGGCAUGCAGGAGAUCGCCUGGCGCGCCAGCCCCGAGAACGUCAUUGCCGGCGUUCACCGCGAGUACGGCCACUCCAACCUGAAGGCCCUCAAGGGCGACGACGCCCACGUCGACCGCCUCUUCGCCGGUCUCGAGGACUCCAUGCGCGUGUGGAUGUCGCACGGUGACAAGCUCGGCGCCCUGCCCGAGGGCUUCCACACCGUCGCUGUGUCCGACAACUCCGAGUACGCCGCCAUUGCGCACAAGACCAAGCCCAUCUACGGUCUUCAGUUCCACCCCGAGGUCACCCACUCGCAGAACGGCACCCAGCUGCUCAAGAACUUCGCCGUCGACAUUUGCGGCUGCGCCCAGAACUGGACCAUGGCGCGCUUCCUCGACCAGGAAAUCGCCCGCAUCCGCGACCUCGUCGGCCCCGAGGGCCAAGUCCUCGGCGCCGUCUCGGGCGGUGUCGACUCCACCGUCGCCGCCAAGCUGAUGAAGGAGGCCAUCGGCGACCGCUUCUGGGCCGUGCUUGUCAACAACGGCGUCAUGCGCCUGGACGAGUGCGAGCAGGUCGAGCGCGACCUCAAGCAGCACCUGGGCAUCAACCUGACCGUCAUCGACGCCUCCAAGGACUUCCUCGAGGGCCUCAAGGGUCUCCACGACCCCGAGCAGAAGCGCAAGUUCAUCGGCGGCAAGUUCAUUGACGUGUUCGAGGCCGAGGCCCAGAAGAUCGAGGAGGCCGCCGCCAAGUCCGGCAAGGGCACCAAGAUCGGCUUCUUCCUGCAGGGUACCCUGUACCCAGACGUCAUCGAGUCGCUCUCCUUCAAGGGCCCCUCGGCCACCAUCAAGACCCACCACAACGUCGGCGGUCUGCCCGAGCGCAUGACCAACGGCCAGGGUCUCCAGCUCAUCGAGCCGCUCCGCUCCCUGUACAAGGACGAAGUCCGCGAGCUCGGCCGCACCCUCGGCAUCCACGAGGAACUCGUCAUGCGCCACCCCUUCCCCGGUCCCGGCAUUGCCGUCCGCAUUUUGGGCGAGGUGACGGAGGAGAAGGUGCGCAUUGCUCGCCAGGCCGAUCACAUUUUCAUUUCCGAGAUCCGCAAGGCCGGCCUGUACGACCAGAUUUCGCAGGCGUACGCCGCAGUUGAUCCUAGCCGUGCUGUGGGUGUCAUGGGCGACAAGCGCGUCUACGGCUACAUUAUCAUUCUGCGCGCGGUGACGACCACGGACUUCAUGACGGCUGAGGCCUUCAACUUCCCGUGGGACUUCCUCCAGCGCGUCAUGAACAGGAUCGUCAACGAGGUCAAUGGUGUGUGCAGAGUCACUUAUGACAUUACCAGCAAGCCUCCUGGCACUAUUGAGCUUGAGUAAGCGGGUCUUUGGUCUAGCGGGAAGGUUGGAAAAGUAAAACGUCUGCAAGGAAAGAAAUGAAUGAAGAUACCAUGAGUAACAGAUGGGGAAUGAAAUAGAUUUGACGUGUUCAUGCC